ACAGUUUUGAAUUCGAAGCCCAGCAACGCUAACGAAAAGUUUCCCUGUUUUCCCUCCGUUUGGAUUUUAUUAUAACCCCAGAGCUAUACUUGGGUCGUCUCCUUUCCCUUUCUCUUUCUACCCUUUUUUUCCGGCGAUUGCUAUGGAAUCGCCUGAGAGCGUUUCCAUGGAUUUCGGAGCCGCGGAGAAGCUCAUCCUCAGGUGGGAUUCCACUGCAUCUGAAGAGGCCAGGGAACGAAUGAUCUUCGAUGGUGGUGACCGUCAGGAAGCCCACCGUUAUUUGCGGGCCGUCGACGAGAUCCAGCGGUCCAUGGAGUCGGUCACAGUAUCUGGAGAUGGAUCUUCUCGUGGCGGUGGUGACUCCGGCAAGGUCAACGGUGCAAUCCAGAUCGCCAUGGCUCGUCUGGAGGAUGAAUUCCGUAACAUCCUUAUCACCCAUACCAACCCACUUGAGAUCGACUCACUCCUCGAAUCCAAUUCCUUUUCCACCCACUCGAGCAGCUCCAGAGCCGACGGUGCCGGCGAAUUGGAGGCUGAUGAUGACUACCCAGUAGACGAUGGAGGUGAACGACGCAGUAGCGUUAGAGAAGAUGAUCUGCAAGGGGGAGAAGGAAGUACGAGUAACAGCGGAAGUCGUACUCCAAACUACCGUACCACUAACAGCAUCCGUGAGAUCGAUUUAAUCCCACCCGAAGCCAUCUACGAUCUCCGUAGCAUCGCUGAGAGGAUGAUCACUGCGGGGUAUAUGCGCGAGUGCAUUCAGGUCUAUGGGAGUGUCCGCAAAUCCGCCGUCGAUGCCAGCUUCCGCCGUCUCGGCAUCGAGAAGCUCAGCAUCGGCGAAAUCCAAAGGCUGGAGUGGGAUACCCUCGAGACCAAGAUAAGGCGCUGGAUACGCGCUGCCAAGGUCUGCGUUCGAAUCCUCUUUGCCAGCGAGAAACUCCUCUGCGAGCAGAUCUUCGAGGGCCUCGGUCCCGCCGCCGACGACGCCUGCUUCAUGGAGACCGUCAAGGGUCCCGCCAUCCAAGUCUUCAACUUCGCCGAGGCUAUCAGUAUCAGCCGCCGAUCACCGGAGAAACUCUUCAAGAUUCUAGACCUCUAUGACGCCCUGUACGAUCUGUUGCCUGACGUUGACGCCGUUUUCGGGUCCAAGUUGUCUGAGUCCGUCAGAGUCCAGGCGGCCGAGAUACUAUCGAGGCUUGCGGAGGCCGUGAGAGGAAUUCUGUCGGAAUUCGAGAAUGCCGUGCAACGCGAGACCUCUAGGAUUCCUGUUCCAGGUGGGACAAUUCACCCCUUGACCAGGUAUGUCAUGAACUAUAUCAGUCUCAUAUCUGAUUACAAGCAGACCCUUCUCGACCUAAUUGUGUCCAAGCCCUCGACUGCCUCACGCUACUCUGGCGAUCCCACCAUGCCGGAUUUGGAGUUUCCGGAGCCAGAGAGCCGCUCUCCUCUGGCCCUUCAUCUGGUUUGGAUCAUUGUGAUGCUGGAGUCCAAUUUGGAGGGGAAGUCCAAGCUCUACAAAGAUGCCUCCUUGGCUCAUCUCUUCCUCAUGAACAAUGUUCAUUACAUCGUUCAGAAAGUGAAAGGGUCGCCGGAGCUCCGGGAGAUGAUCGAGGAUGACUAUCUCAGGAAGCUAACCGGGAAAUUCAGGCAGGCAGCGACGAGCUAUCAGAGGUCGACAUGGGUGAGUGUCCUCCACUGCCUCAGAGACGAAGGGCUACACGUAAGUGGGAGCUUCUCUUCAGGGGUUUCCAAGACCGCUUUGAGGGAAAGGUUCAAGACCUUCAAUUCCAUGUUUGAUGAGGUUCACAGGACUCAGGCUACAUGGUUGGUACCAGAUCCUCAGCUGCGUGAGGAGCUACGGAUAUCCUUAUCAGAGAAGCUCAUCCCGGCUUACCGAUCCUUUCUAGGCCGGUUCAGAGCUCAUAUAGAGAGCGGAAAGCACCCGGAGAUGUACAUCAAGUACUCAGUCGAGGAUCUUGAGACUGCUGUCUUGGAUUUCUUCGAGGGUUACCCAGUUUCCCAACACCUGAUCAGGAGGAGAUCAAACUGAAGGAGUUAGUAGAUUCAGUAAGUUACACUGAGUGUUGCUAUUUAUAAUUUAGAACAGAGGAAAUAUUCUUUAAAUUUUUGGGAGUAUAUGGGGGCAAUCGGAGUCCAGACGACCAAAUUGGGUUUUGUUUGAUUUCUUUCUAGAACAACCUGAUCGAAUUCAGUCUCAGAUAAUUUUUUUGUGGAUUGUAAGAAAAUAUAGGAAUUGGGAAGAUCAGGUGGAGCUCACCAAAGUAGCUGGUAAUCCAUGCCCAAAUACUUAUACCCUGUAAGAAAAUUGUUUCAACUUAUUAUUUCAUUUUAAAUUCUGGUUUAUUUGU